ACUGCUUUUGACGGUAAUGACAAUGUAACUAUCCACAGUUCAUUAAAUCAAAACAUGCCACGGAAAGAACGAUGUAAAAAAUUCCGAGAAAAUUUACUCAAAACAGCAGCUUCUGGAACUCAAAAGCUCAGUAGCUUCGGUUUUGCCACUACUAGUGUAUCACAUGAUUCAUCCGAUAUUGAUAAAAUUUCUCCAUCCAGCAAUAGCCAGGAAAAAGAAAUAUUGCCAUGUUGUCAUACAGCUGGCAACGUUAUUACUCAAUUUUACAGUGAAACAACCUCUGAUCAUUGCGAAGUUACAUUAAACUUGCCAAAACCUGGCCUUAUUUCUGAUGCAGAGCCACAAAACCAAAUUGUCCCAGCCGAAACAUCAAGUGAUAAAAUGCCCACUAUUGCUGCAUUUCAAACCCAUGAUUUCGAAGUGUGUACAAAGUCUGCAACUACAACUGACUCAAAUCAUCUGCUAUCGAAGUAUAACUUGGAUUUGGAUCCAACUGAUACAUUUCCUCCAAAGACAUAUGUUCAGGCAAAUAAGUCUUCACCAGAAAACUGUGACUCGCGGCUCACUCGCCAUGUUGUACGCAAGGCUUUCCAUGCCAUCCCAUCUCAGACGAAUUGAAGAAGACAUCCAUAAAGCAGGCACGCGCUGAAGGCCAAUUUCGACCGUGUCCAUUAUCUGUCUUUUCAAAGUUUCCUUGGGCUACGUACUGCAUGACACGUGGUACUAUAGCUUGCUUUCACUGCAAAAAAGCUACCGAAAGAAACUUAAUCACAUUUAGUUAUCAUACGGAGAAAGCAUUUUCAUUAGGAGAGUUUUGCAACUGGAAAAAGUGCCAUGAGAAGUUUGAGAAACAUCAGAACUCUCAUUGCCAUCACGAAGCUGUUGAAAAACUUGCACGCCUUGAUCAUGAGAAGAAUGAUAUUGGCGCUCAACUUGACAGUCAGUACCAAGGUGAACAAAAUCUUCAUCAAAGACUUUUCCUAAAGCAGCUCAGCAGCUUGAAAUAUUUAGUCCGCCAGGGAAUUCCACUCCGCGGGCAUGAUUCUUUGGACAGUAACUUAAUUCAGUUGCUGAAGACCAGGUCAGAAGAUAUUCCGGAGUUAAAUGGCUGGGUCAGGAAUGGACAGUACCUUAGCCCGUUGAUAAUCAAUGAAUUAAUUGAAAUGAUGGGCAAUAGUGUUUUGCCUGAUAUUUUAAGAGACAUUAGAGAUAACUCUGGGUUAUUUUCUCUACUUGCUGAUGAGUCUCGUGAUAUUAGUAAUAAAGAACAACUGACGUGCAUUAUUCGGUGGGUCUCUCUACCAGAUUUGGAGAUAAAUGAAGAUUUCAUUGGGAUGUAUUUGAUCAAUAAACCGAACGCCGAAACGAUAGCAACAUCUCUCAAAGAUAUAGUUAAGAUGUAA